UUGGUGAAUAUGAUGGUAGUGAAGGCGUUGGCUUCACAAGAUUAUGGAGACGCAUUGUCCAAAAGCAUUUUGUUCUAUGAAGGCCAAAGGUCCGGCAAGCUACCACCUACUCAGCGUAUGAAUUGGAGGGGAGACUCUGCUCUUUGCGAUGGCUCUGAUCUUAAUGUGGAUUUGGUAGGGGGCUACUACGACGCAGGUGACAAUGUUAAGUUCAACUUUCCAAUGGCAUACACAACAACCAUGCUGGCUUGGAGUGUAUUAGAAUUCGGCAGGUUCAUGGGCUCAGACCAGCAACAUGCAGUUGAUGCUCUAAGGUGGGCAACAGACUACUUCCUGAAAGCCACAAACAUCCCUGGCGUCGUCUAUGUUCAGGUUGGUGAACCCUAUGGUGACCACAAUUGCUGGGAAAGGCCCGAAGAUAUGGACACCCCCCGAAACUCCUAUUUGGUUAAUGAAACCAACCCUGGUUCGGAGGUUUCAGCUGAGAUAGCUGCUGCACUAGCAGCCUCUUCCAUGGUGUUUAGGUUCUUUGAUCGCAAAUACUCCAAAUUGCUUCUUCAAAGGGCUACCAAGGUUUUUGAAUUUGCAGACAAGUAUCGAGGAUCUUACAACGAUAGCGUUGGCGAGGCAGUAUGCCCAUUUUAUUGCGAUUUCAAUGGCUACGAGGAUGAACUGAUAUGGGGAGCAGCAUGGCUACACAAAGCCACUAAGUCUAAAUUUUAUUGGAAUUAUGUUGUAGACAACAUGCAUACAUUGGAUAGCAAUAAUUUGCAUAGCUAUAUUAUAUUGAAUAUAAAUGGCCACCCAUCCAAAUUCCAAGGUGGCUACGCGGAGUUUGGAUGGGAUGCAAAGCAUGCUGGAAUCAACAUACUCGUUUCCAAGUUUGUGUUAAAUGGCAAGUUGGAAUCGAGUUCCUUUCUUCCCUACGCGGACAAGUUUGUUUGCAGCAUCUUGCCUGAAUCACCUAGCAAAACUGUCUCCUACUCUCCAGGUGGGCUUCUAUUCAAGCCAGGGACCUGCAAUUUGCAGCACACAACAGCUUUAUCUUUCCUUCUUCUCACUUAUGCUCGAUAUUCGAAGCAGUCCAAGAGGAUGAUUCACUGUGACAAUGUUGUUGUUCCUCCAUCCAGGCUUAUACAUUUCGCAAAAGGCCAGGUGGAUUACAUUCUGGGAAAGAACCCAUUGAACAUGUCAUAUAUGGUGGGAUAUGGCGAAAAGUUUCCUCAAAAGAUACACCACCGGGGUGCGUCGUUACCUUCGGUUGAUCAACAUCCACAACACAUCGACUGCAAAGGCGGAAGCCCAUACUUCGGAAGCAGCAACCCUAACCCUAACGUGUUGACAGGAGCUAUUGUUGGAGGGCCUGAUAUCGAUGAUUCAUUUCAAGACUCCAGAGCUGAAUUUGGGCAAUCAGAGCCUACUACAUACAACAAUGCACCUUUUAUAGGACUACUAGCUUACUUCAAAACACAUUUUGUUAGAUGAUUUAUAGAUAAACAUAUUUUGAUCAUUUUAUUUUAUUUUUUUUAUUUUUUCCUAGUUGAUACACACACAUAUGCUUCCACCGAGUUUUAUACUACUUACCUCCCAUUAAAAAGUAGCAGUCUAGUACCGUUAGGCCGCUAGCCUGUUGGUAUCUUGAUCAGUUCAAUUUCUUGUUCACUUAAUAUUUAUGAUUGAUGUUAAGGAGUAUUAAGAAGUAAUUAAUUGUUAUUGCAGCUGAAAUCAACUAGAGUACAUUUAUUAUUUGGGGUGUAUCAAAGAUCAUCCGCCACAUUUUAUUUAUUUCUUAUUAUUAUUUUUUUGAAUGGUAAAACCUUGAAGGUAUAACGUGUACAUGCCCAAGUAGAACAAUUGCAUAGCCCAGCAUCUCUUAUUAUUAAUUUGAUUACUAAAUUUGG